GAGACUGUGGGAGGAAAAGCCAUCUAUCAUGCUAAUGGCGCCUUAUUGAUCACAGAGCUGGAGCCGCGCGUGUGUGACUGCAAUAACAAUGACCCUCCAGAGGAGCCGGGGAGGAUCAUGGGAAUUCAAACAAGAACAGUGUAAGCUAUCUCUUGUGAUGGCAGGGCCUUAGCCCAGCUAUAAUACAGAUGGAUGUAAAAACCAGGAGAUCAGACAGUCUGUACCCGACACAGAAAGUGCUCUCCCUUUCUCUUUCUCUCUCUCUGUCUCUCACUUAUUCUUUCUCCCCUCUCUCACUUGUUUUCUCUCUCUAUCUCUCCCCCCCUCUCUCUCUCUCACACACACACACAGACUCACAGACACAUAUACACACACGCACGCACAGAGAGAGAGAGAGACACACACACACACACACACACACUCACACAGAGAGAGAGACACACACACACACACACACAGAGAGAGAGAGAGAGAGAGACACACACACACACACAGAGAGAGAGAGAGAGACACACACACACACAGAGAGAGAGAGACUCACACACACACACACACACACACGCACAGAGAGAGAGAGAGAGACACACACACACACACUCACACACACGUACACAGAGAGAGAGAGAGAGAGAGAGACACACACACGCACAGAGAGAGAGAGACUCACACACACACACACACACACGCACAGAGAGAGAGAGAGAGAGAGACACACACACACACACAGACUCUGCUCCAGGGACGAGCAGGCUUGCUCCCUGAUGCUGGUUAGAGAGAUGUGAGCUGACGUGUGCCCUGGGAAACUGGCAGAGGCAGAGAUCAUUAUACACACAGACCUCGUCUCUCACCCAGGGCGAACUGCAUAAAAACACCCCCCAGAAGUGGGUCAAGCUGUCAUUACACAACUGCUGUCUUUCUGCAGCCGGGUCCUCUUCUGCACGAACACAAACACACACACACAAAGACAUGCGCACGUGCAGCCCUGCACACGCACAGACUCAUCUCUCUAUCUCUCUCUCUCUCACACACACACGCGCACACACUACGCAACAACACGCUUAAGGUAGGAUGCGAUGCCAGCUGGCAAAAUCCGACACGGAAUUCUGUCUGUGAAUGCCACUGUCGCUGUCCGUGGUCCUGAAAUUAGUUAUGUGGCCGAAUCACACAUAAUCUGACUUUGUACAAUACUAUCAUGGAUUUCAGAAGCCGCGCUAGUAGUGACACAUCGCUCAGACUUCAGUGAAAUAAAAUAAACUUUGGUGAAAAAGUGAAUCUAAGUUUUAACGAGCUGUUCCAUUAUUUGCUUACUUUUUGAUUGUUCGUCAUUUCGGCAUAUGCUUCGGGGAACACAAGCACCUGCCGAAAUGAAUGCCUUUGCUCAUUAAGCCGACUGGAGAAAGAAAGAGAGAAAGGGAGACUGGGGAGAGAGAGAGAGACAGAGAACGAGAGCAAGAGAGAGAGAGAGAGCCAAUCGAUGAAGGGGGUGGGUUAAUGGAACGAGGAUGCUAUACUACAGUACCGACGAGAACGCCGUGGGAGAACAAGAGUUUGAUAUGGAGAUUCUUCGUCUACUCCGUCAAUGCUGAGUUUCUUUAGAAGCUACGUCGCGCGGGCUUGCAUGUUUUACUCUUUUUUCCUUGCAUUGUUUAGUCCGGUCUGCGGACGGGAUUGCCGAGCAGGGACUAUCGGAUAUGGUGCCCGAACGGGAUGGAGCGCCGGCUCUGUAGGCGUCCAGGACGUUUACAGUCAACGGAAACAACACUGUCUGUCAUUUGCAUUCCGUCUUGUAUUGGUCUGAUCAGGGCCGAAAGAGUUUCCCCGAUUUCGUUGGAAUUUUGAAAAGAGCCUGAAUUCCGUGUUUCCCCCGGUGUUCGAUGCAAAGAGCUUCCCAGAGAAGAGAACUACGUCAGCUUAUUUCUGGUUUCCUGACUGGCCACGCCUCCUCGGUCUGAUGGCCCUCCCCCAGCUGUCCUGGAUCCUCCUCCUUCUACUGGCUGGCCACACCCCCAGGACUUUGAGUUGUCCCAUUGGCUGUAGGUGCUACAGCCUGACGGUGGAGUGCGGCUCUAUUGGACUCCGGGAGAUUCCUCCCGGUGUCCCGCCCCUCAUACAGACCUUCUUCCUCCAGGAUAACUCCAUCGGUCAGAUCCGGCUGCAGGACCUGUCCCGCCUGGGCCAGCUGCACUACCUGUACCUGCAGAACAACAGCAUCUCGGCCCUGGAACCCGGAGCCUUCCGCAGCCAGGCCCAGCUGCUGGAGCUGGCGCUCAACGGGAACCGCAUCCACCUGCUCUCCGCCCAAAUCUUCCAGGGCCUGGAGCACCUGCGCAUCCUGUACCUGUCCGGCAACCAGAUCACCCGCCUGCAGGACCACACCUUCCGCUGCCUGCAGCGUCUGCAGGAGCUGCACCUGCAGCAGAACAGUGUGGAGGUGCUGGGGGAGGAGGCGCUGGCCGGGCUCUCUUCCCUGGCGCUGCUGGACCUCAGCAGAAACAACCUGCGCACCCUCCAGCAGGGCUCACUGCGUCCCCUGGUGAGCCUGCAGGUACUGCGUCUCACAGACAACCCGUGGCGCUGCGACUGCGCGCUGCACUGGCUGCGGGGCUGGAUAAACGGGGGGGGCCAGCGGCUGCUGAGCUCGUCGGAGCGGCGGCUGCUGUGCGCGGAGCCGCCCCGCCUGUCGCAGCGCAGCCUGGUGGAGGUGCCGGGGAACAGCCUGGUGUGCAUCCCGCCGGUGGUGCAGCUGGAGCCGCGGCGGCUCAGCGUGCGGCUGGGGGAGAACCUGCGCGUGUCCUGCCAGGCCUCGGGCUACCCCCAGCCCCAGGUCACCUGGAGGAAGCUGUCCCGCGGCCGGACGCCGCCCGGCCUGUCCCCCAAGGGCCUGGUGCAGGAGGCGGGGCCCGGGCCGGGGGCGGGGCCCGAGGCGGGGCCGGAGCUGGGGGGCGGGGUGACCGCGCGCCCGGGGGGCGGGGCUAAUGGGGGCGGGGCCGGAGAGGGGGCGGAGCGUUUCGACCGGGACACGGGCAGCGGGAUGCUGUUCCUGAGCAACGUGACGGUGGCGCACGCCGGCCGCUACGAGUGCGAGGCCUGGAACCCCGGGGGCGUGGCCCGCGUGACCUUUCACCUCUCCGUCAACGUGUCCUCGUCCGCCUCCUCCGCCGACGCCGCCGCCGCCGCCUCCCGGCCCUCGGGCUCCGCCCCCUCGUCCGGGGCGGGGCUCCGCCCCCGCGGCGCGGGCGUGAGCCAGGAGCCGCUGUACGUGCCGGAGAGCAUGGACUUCCGGGAGCUGAGCGCCGCCACGCAGACCGCCAUCGGCGCGGCCAUCUCCCUGCUGGCGCUCACCGCCCUGCUGCUGCUCGCCAUGAUCUACGGCCGCCACCGCCGCCGCCGCCGCCUCAAGCAGGGCCCCGCCGACGAGGCCGGCGUCCUGUACGUCAACGACUACUCCGACGGGCCCACCACCUUCGCCCAGCUGGAGGAGUACCGCGACGAGCGCGGCCACGAGAUGUACGUCCUGAACCGCAGCAAGCCCGUCCUGGCCCCGCCCCUGCCCCCGCCCCCGGCCCCGCCCACCCCCCGCGGGCCCACCCCCUCCCCGUCUCAGGACCUCGGGGGCGGGGGCGGGGCGGGGCGGGGCGGGGGGGUGGGGCUGCGGAGGCCCGCGGAGGGCGGGGAGGGCGUGGCCGUGGACCCCGAGGCCCUGUUCCUCAGCCAGGGCCUGCUGUUCGACACGCAGAUGGCGUACGAGAUACACUGCUGACGGGCGCGCCUGAGCCCCGCCCCCUUUCAUAGCUCCGCCCACACUCCUGUGCCCCAGGGUUUGUGUGACAGGAGGCCAAGGACCCAGACUGUGAACACACACACACACACACACACACACUCACACACUCACACACGCACGCACGCACGUGCACAUGCACACACACUCACACACACUCACUCACACACACACACACACACACACACUCACACACGCACGCACGCACAUGCACAUGCACAUGCACACGCGCACAUGCACGCACACACACUCACACACACUCACUCACACUCACACACACUCACUCACACACACACACACACUCAACUGACACACAGGCACACACUGUCACAUAUAAACACAUGCACGUAUGCCCAUUCACUCUUUCACGUGCACACACGCAUACGCUGAACUCACACACUCAUAGUACUCUCUCAUCCACACACUCGCACAAACAGACACGCGCUCUCACUCAGAUACACACAUACUGUACACACACACACACACACACACACUCUAGAAUGAAAUUGGCCUUCCUGGUUACUCCCGUUGUGACUGAAUCACUUGUCCAGUCCUGCCUGUCUGUCUGAGCGGUUUCCCUUCCCAGUCGCUUUUGAAUAAACAGAAGUACAUAUUAUUGCACAAACUGCUGUGGACAGUGGAGGAGGGGGGGGGGCUGGUAUUUAUCAUUUUAGCUGAAGUUGUGUUGCUGUUUUUUUUGUUUUUUGUUGUUGUUGUUGUUAUGAUGAAAAUAACUGCAUAAUAAUUUUUUGAUGUGGUUAUUAUUAUAUUGCAGUGUAUUAUUUGCUUAUUUUAUCUGCUUUGGAAGCUUUAUGAAAGGAAACGUGUGAAUGUGGGAGGAGAGUGAGGGAGAGAAAGAGCAAAAGAGGAGGAGAGAGAACAGAGAACAGAGAGACGAAGACAGGUGAUGGAGAGAGAGAGAGAGACUGUAAGAAUGACAGAACUGCAGCAGGUUGCAUCACAUUAUUAUUAAUUUUUUUUUUAGUUUAUAUGUUUAUAUUUCUAUUCAAAUGUAAUGUACUUAUUUAAUAUAUUAGAAGGCAUGGAGAAGGAGGGGUGGCUUACAGUAAACCUUCUUUGCCUCAGUCAGGGAACAGGGAAUACACCACGUAGUUGCACCUGCUCCUGUGUCUACACUUUAGAGUGGAGCCCCCUGUGGAUGGGAGGGGAAAACAAGUUAAAAAAAAAAAAAAAAAAAAAAAAAAAAUGUAUCUGAAAUAUUUUAACCCUUUAGACGCCAGUAAAAAUCCCGCAAACUGACAAUUGCUGCAGAUUACUUCUGCGGAGUGGUGUUCUGUGACAGCGCAGCUGAGUUCACAUGUUUGUUUUCCCUCAUAUCCUGGAUCUCAUAUCCCUUACCUUUCAAAUCCCUUCUUUUUAUUUAUUACGUUUGUCUAUUUAAAUUCUUGAUUUUUUAUUUAAUUAAAAGGCACUUUUUUUUUCUCCGGCUGCCGCGGCAGUGUGUCUUUGUGUCGCAGUGCUGAGCAGCUGGAUGGACUCUCUUUGCAAGGCAGCGUGCUACAUUGCUAAGCUGCUGGCUUGUGUGUGCGAGCCAGCCUAUCACAUCGUCGAGCCACUGGACAGUCUCUCUCCAUGAAGCCAAGCAUCACAAUAUUAAUAUCAUGGACGGGCUCUCACUGUGAAUCUUCCCAACACAAAUAUAAACCGUGUGUCAUAUAGAACAAGUGUCUCUUUUGAAAAGAUGUGUACAGCAAUAUUUUUCCCACACGACAAUUAUGAAUAAACAAAUCUUAUCUAUAUUGCAAAGAAAUGAAUGUACUCUGUUAUUUUUCUCUCGCUAUUGUUAUUAUUGUCUUCUUCUUCUUAUUAUUAUUAUUAUUAUUAUUAUUGUGUUGUUCGGUGUUGUUAUGGGAUUGCACUGAGAGGGAGGGAGAAAAGGGAGAACACAGGCCCAGAGGAAGAGGAAGUGAUGCUCUUCACAAAGGUUGCGGCCACAGGUUGUGCAUCACUUUGAGACACGGCUUAGUGUCCCAGACACACACGCGCACACACGCACACACACACACACAUAUGCACAGACACACUCAUUUUCUGCGUAUUUCUCCCUUUCAUACAUGCUCAUGGCUCCUCUCUUCUUCAUCAUCCUCCUCCUCCUCCUCAUCCUCACAGGGGUGGACGGUGUGAAGACGGUGAGCAGUGUGUCUGUGCUGGUGGGGAGUUCCGUCACCAUUCCAUGUCACUAUGAGGACCAGUAUAAAUCUAAGGUUAAGUACUGGUGUAAGGGGGAAACGUGGAUUCGCUGCAC